AUGGAGAGAAAGACUGAUAGUGGAACUACCGGGCUACCGAAAGCAGCUGCACUGUCCCAUAACAAUCUAAUUGCACAGCAUAUGAAUCUUGUAUUUGAACAGGUACCUAAGCCGUAUACUAUACGACGGAUACUCGCACUACCAAUGUUCCACGCAGCUUGUGUCCCAGUCGCACAUACAAGUGCUGAAAGGUGGACACGUCUCUGUCAUAAUGGGUCGUUUCGAACUUGCCCCCUUUUCAACCACGUAAAAGCAUACAAGCUCAACGAAUUGGCUCUCGUUCCACCCAUCGCAAUAGCAAUCAUCAUGUCAGGGCUUGCCGGAGAUAAACUAAAAGCCGUCAAACACACUGGGAUCGGCGCAGCUCCCCUCGGAAAAGAAUCCCAGGAGAGACUCAAAAUUAUCGACGAAGAAGGAAAUGACAUAACAGCCUAUGAUGUACGUGGCAAGCCCUGUGUCCGAGGCCCAACUGUUAUCUCUGUUUACUUUUGUCCUUCGACCUCCAAUUUCUUCAAAACCGGCGACAUCAUGUAUUGUGACUCGGGCACCAAGAAAUGGUACAUCGUUGACCGCAAGAAAGAAUUGAUUAAGGUGCGAGGUUUCCAAGUUGCGCCACCCGAAUUUGAUGGCAUCAAGGGCUCGGCUGGGGAUGGAGAAAUGCCAAGAGCAUAUAAGGUAAAGAGACCUGUUGAAGAGAGCAAGAGACUGGAAGAGAAAUAUGUGAGAGAAUGGUGUGGGAAGAGGUUAGCGAGGCAUAAGGAAUUAACGGGAGGUGUAAGACGGCUCGACUUUGAUGAGAGACUGUUAACAAGUGAUGACAUGUGUAAUGGUAUGAUAUGA